ACCAGACAUUCUGUCGCUGCAACAUUUCAAAAGAAGAUUUCUCCACCUGAAAACUGAGUUGUGUGCGCCUUUAUGCUUUUUCGACUAAUGCGACGUGCUUUGUGAGGUAGCCUAAUGAUGCUGAUGGUUGAGUGAAUGAUUUGCGUCUCUGUGGUUUUAGUACAGCGUGCACACUGUGUGGGCAGCGUGCACACUCAAGAGGAGAUUUCCUUCCGAUCCGAACUGGGGAAAACUGCGGAACUGAGCCAAAUACAUCAAACGCGAUAAAAAGGGAACAGAUGGCUGUAGCUAUCGAAAUGGGACGAUGCUUAUGUUGUUUUAUCGUUAAUUUCGCAGUGCCUCUUGACUUUUUACAUUAGUUUAGUAGUAGAUUCCAAAGGAAAACAUUUUUGAACCUCUUUUAUUUAUUCAACGAGUCAUAUUAAUUAGCAAAACUAAGCUUUAUUUUAAGUUUUAGAAAUCAAGCUGCUCGACCAGCAGAGAAUGAUGGGAAAUUAGAACCGGCUCAUCACUUUUGAGAAUAUCUGAUAUAUUUGAUCAACCUAGGGGAGUUUUUCUUACAGAAACAGUCAAUUUGGAGUUGCAGAAUGGCAAUAAACACCGAUACGGAGUUUGCGAAAUCCAACCUGGGGGAGAGCGGCGGCAAGCAACCGGUCGAGUCUCACGAGACCGAGAAACUUCUCAUGACCACCGAACCCACCGGGGUGAAGACCUCCUGCUCGUUAACCAUCAGUGCCGGGGCUGACAAGUCUCUCGAUGCCGAUCAGAACGGCCACAGUUUGCCUCUGAGAUCCGGAUCAGUGGGGCAGCUCGGCUCGGCUCCCCACUCCCCAUCCCGAGUCAGCCUAAGCCGCACAUCAUUCACAGGCAAUGCCGUCCAAGAUCAGCAGAAACCAAAGGACUACCUCAUAUUGGUCAUUUUAUCCUGCUUUUGUCCAGUGUGGCCGCUGAGCAUCGUUGCAUUGGUCUAUUCAAUUAUGUCCAGAAACAGUCAACAGCAGGGGGACAUGGACGGGGCAAGGCGCCUGGGACGUUUGGCUCGGCUGCUCAGCUGUGUGUCUAUCAUUCUGGGCCUCCUGAUAAUCAUAAUCUACGUGGUGGUUGCAGUAACUGGAAAACAAUAAGGAUGAGAAACAUGAAUCUACAGCACUGCAAAAACUCACAUAUUAAUUACUUAAAAUAAGAAAAUAAUGCCUCAGAAGUAAAAAAAAAAAAAAAAAGGAGGGCUACAGUGAAUAAAUUAGAUCCAAAUAAAUAGCAAAAAUGCAUGCAGUAGGAUAGCAUGCUCAAUGAAAAGGAAAACUAAAAUCCCAUAUGUUACAAAGAACAGUGAUGGCUUGCAUUAUGUAAAUGAAACACAUUGCUGUUUCGGAAAGAACUCGAUUGAGGAUGACAAAGACAAGGGGACGUUACUGCAAAGAUGGUUUAGCAGAAUCUUUGAAAAUAUGAAGAUGCCCAGCAAGCUGCAUUUUAACCUUAUAUUACUCCUGGUUGACCUGGCAUUUAAAAAUUGUGCACAGAUAUAUUUGCAAUAUAACUACUGAUCUAUGUUUUAUAAAAAGAUUUAUAUGUGGAGUUUAAGGUAUGGGAAUAACCUGUGGUUGACAGGACUGAUGGACAAAGACCUUGUCAGACUUGGAAAUAGAAAUGGGGAAUGAAGAAACUUGGUUGUUUUUAUGUUUAUUUAUUUUGUAUAUUCUGAUUACAAAAAGUGACCAAAAUGACCACUUGCAUGCCUGAUCUUGUAUGUGAAUAGUCAACUAAGCAUUUUUCGUUACUAUAUAUAUUUUAUUUUUUAUAAGAAUCUAUGAGUAGUGGAUGUUUAAAGAACGGAAUGUACAUGAUUGUCCAGUGUGUGUCCAAUGCAAAUCUUGCCAUGUUCUCUCAGUGGUAUAAAAAAAUCAUUGAGAACUUUUCCUUAGCCUCCAGGUACAAGUAUAGUUACCCUCAGAGAGGUAAGACUGUAAUGUUACGCAUGCCGGCCCUCUGUUUCCUGACAAAACUACUGGAGCAUGGACAUUCAUCUAGAAGCAUGCAAAGGCCAGCACCAUUUUGCCCACUGUGCCAAGACCUUUAUAUCGGUAUGCUAAACGACUCACAGGACUAUUCACAUUCGUUCCAGGAUAGAAUGCCAGUCUCUCCAGAGUCAUAAGACUCUCCUACUUAACCCUUAUAAAUAUGAGAUAUAUAUAUCAACAUAUUUAUAGAAAUAUUUAGGCAUGCCGUGGGUGGACAAUACAACAAUUUUCUAUCUUCACCUAGAAUGAGCUUGUGUGUAAGGGACUUUGCUUUAAUAUGACACAUUUGAUAGUGUUUGUUGCAUCUCUGUGAUUACUGAUCCAUCACUGACAUGCUGAUAUCAAUAAGACAACUUAGUCAAUAUUGCAACAAUCAAAUAGGAGUCUGAAAAACUGAGGUACAGGGGCCAUAUUACAGAAACAUUUGAAUUCUCCUAUGUGAUCUACCUUGAACUUGUCAAAUGUUCAAUUAAAGGAAUGUUCCGGGUUUAAUACAAGUCAAGCUCAAUCAACAGCAUCUUUCGCAUGUUUAUUACCACAAAAAAAUAUUUCUAUUGUCCCUUGUUUCAAAUAAAUAAAAAAUAAAAAAUGCGGUUAGAGUAAGGCACUUAAAAUGGAAGUGAAUUGGGCCAGUUCAUAAAUGUUAAAUACACAACAUCAAAAGUAUAGCCACAAGCCGUGAACUUUAUAUGCGUCACAUGAUUAUAGUGCACUCAAAACAGUGUUUGUUUUUUUGCAGGUUCAAUUUACUUAUUUAAAAUUAACUAAAGCACCACGUGUUCAAUCCAAUUAAAUUUGUAAAGUUGAAGAUUACUUAAUCCAUUUGAGUUUGAACUAUAUGAAUACUUUUUGUAGCAUCACUUUCAAGUGAUGUUUGAUUCGAGUGCUGCUUAUAUGCAGGUGCAAACAAAUAGUAAGUGCUGCAGUUUCACUGUCUUUACACUUGGUUAUCUGGCUUAAACUAAUGAUUAAUCAAAUAAAUUAAAUUAGACCAAAAUAAGAAAAUUAAUUAAAUUAAACAUUAGUAAAUUAAGUCUGACAAACCUAAUAAAGUUGAGUUAAAACUACUAUAGUACAUUGAUUUGACCUAAUCCAAUCUAAUUAUGUUUGCUGAACUAAUCUGAAUCAACGAAAUAAAUUGCUUGUAAGAACUCUCAAAUUCAGUUAAGGGCAAUGACUAAGGGUAAAACACAUUUCUUUAAGGUGUAAUAAAAUUAGAGAUUUACCGCUGUUAAUGCGUUUACCAACAUUAUGUUGUCAUGACAGCUAAGUUGUAAUAUUGGAUAUACAGUAAAUGUACACAGACAAGGUUAGUGAUUUAUUUUUUGGGGCUAAUUAACAUUAUGUCAGAAAUGCUGUCGAUUGAGCUUAACUUGUCCUGAACCAGAAACAUUUCUUUAAGACAGGAAGUUUCUGUAAUGCUGCCUCAGACACAUAACAGCUCUUAUCUGUUAGUUCAGUUGGGUGACUAAUGAAAUACAAACGCAACAGGUAUCGAAUUCUUUCCAGAGCAGAUUCUAUUGAUUUGCUUCAUUCGUAAGCAUUUUACUGCCCUGUCAUUUCAAAGCACUUUAUUACAGUUUUCAUCAAUAUUCUGAUGAUGGUAAGCAUUAGUCUCAUAGCUCAUCAAUUUUUUUGUCUACCGCAACUUUGGUUUUAUGUUGUUAAUUAGCUAUGAGUCCUAAACUUUCUGUGUUUUGCAUAUCUUGCCAUAUAUAGAAUUUUAGCACGUAAACCCUUAAAGGGAACACCCAGAAAUUGAAAUUGUCAUAAUUUGUUCACCCUCAUGUUGUUCCAAACCUGUAUCACUAACUCAUGGAGCACAAAAGCAGAUGUUGGGCAUAAUGUUAGUCACCAAUCACUUACAUUGUUUUUGUAAAACAAUUUUCGGGUGAACUAUCCCUUUAAGAUGGUCAUAUACAUGUUUGUUUAUUUGUUUGUUUUUAAAGCAGAACAUAUUCAGCUGUUCUUAGUUCAAUUUGACACAUUUUGGCCAUUUUUUUUUCUUCUAAAAACAUCAGAUGCUUUUCUUCUCUUAUUGCACUUUUGUUCACUAACCUGUUGUUAUUCAUAAUAACCUUUAUGCCAAUAUGAAUGAGAUGCAAAAUGCUGCUGUGUGUCUUUUAAAACUGUGAUUUAUUAUGUACAAAUUUUGGAACCUUAUUUCACUUGUAUAUCUGUUUUUCAUUGUUAUUGUGUACCUUUGCAAGUGUGAAAUAAACAUU